AUGAGGGUGGGAGCUGUAGCUUUAGCUGGGGGGAUAUUUGGAGCAUUGGGGACCAUAUGCUUCUUUUUGGCCUUUGCUACAGACUACUGGUUGGUGGCCAGUGACAACUGUGAACCUUACACAUGGCCAACUGAAGAAACAACAACAGAAAAUAAUGCCAGUGACACUGAGCUGCAGUUUGUAAGAGCAGUCAGCACCUCUCCGGCAUCUCUCAACCUCCACCAUGAAGGCUUUUUUUGGCGCUGUGUGUUCCAGGUGGAACCCACUGCAGAUGCAGUCUUGGCAACAUUUUUCACAAACCAACCAGAAUCAAAGGUAUGCGUCCAUGGUUACCUCUUCCCUUUACCAGUUGUACUUGGACCAGUGCCUCAUCCCAGUUACGAUGGUACCGCAGUCUUUCGAGGUUUCUGGACAGUGUUUAUGAUCCUCGCAUUGGCCUCAUCUCUAACUGGAAGCUUCCUCCUGGUUUGUGGUGUCCCCUUUAUAAGUCAUAAACUCUACAAAGUGGGUGGAGCCUUUCUCAUCAUUGCAGCAUGCUUAUUCCUGCUCGUGUUGCUGCUCUUCGUACUGUGGAUGGAAGUAGUGGACGUGAAGCGCUACAUCCUCCAGGAGAGAGGGGAGACGUGUACCCAGAUCCAGGUCUCGGUGCUCUACGGCUUGUCGUUCAUGACGGCUGCAGCUGGUGUGCCGCUGGAGCUCCUCUCUGGGUCGAUCUUCAUGCUUCUGGGACGAGUCCUGCUUGCCAACAAGUGA